UGUUCAUCCAACGGCUGUAAUAGCUUGUAAUCGGCACUGCAGUGUGGAAGGAACACCAGACUCCAUUUUUCUUUUUUCGCUUUCAAAAUUGGAGCGAAGAAAUUGGGUAAAGAAAAAAAAAUUGGGAGCGCACGAGAGAGAAGAGAUUUUAUGACAUGGAUUCAGGUGCUGGAGAAAGCUCCGCCGCAGACGAUUACGAGUCCUUGAUGUCGACCACUGAUGCGGAGCUGCUGAAGAGCGCGUGGCGGAACGAGAAGGCGGCGCCUGAGAUCCUCAAAUACGACGCCGAUUUAGUCCAGAGGUCCCGCCAACAGAUCCAAUUAAUGGAAGAAAUGGUUGAAGAUUUCAGUCAAAACAGUGUUGAUCCACUUACAGUAUCCCUUUACCAGAUGGACUUGGACAGGACCAUGUUUCUGUUGAGAUCAUAUCUUCGCACUCGUCUUCAGAAGAUCGAAAAAUAUGUUCUCCACAUACAGAAAAAUGCCGAAAUAUGGAAUCGACUAUCUAAACAAGAACAGAAGUUUGCCAGGAGGUAUGCUGGAGACAUAAAACAUCACCUGGAACAAUCUGUUCUCUCAAAAUUGCCAGAUCAAUAUCAGUCUCAUUUAAGGCAAUCUGCAGCAAGUGAGGAUGAUGACAUGGUUCCAGAGCCGCAGCUGGAUGCUUAUGUUGUAUGCCGAAGCAAGAGAUAUUUAGGCGCUUUCCACCUUGAUGACGGUGGAGAAGAACCUGUUACCAUCGAGGCCGAUGAUUUGUAUGCCUUACCAUACAAGUCUAUAAAGCCACUUGUAGAGAGUAAACAAAUUGAUCUCGUUUGAUGGUACAAGAAACUGCUGGUUUCUCUAAAGAUCAAAGACUUGGUGAUUGAAAAGGUAAAACUGCCAAACGUUCUUGGUUGGCAUCACAACAAUAUCGUGAUUGAUGUGUUUAUAAUUGCUGCCAUAAUAUUUUAGCAACUGUGGGACAAUCUAUUUAUUGAUGUCCGGCCACUUGUUCUGAUGAAUUGUGCCUGUUAUGUAGUACUUGCAUAUGUUCACUUUGGGAAGUUGCAAUUAUCUUCUGUAUUCGUAGACGGAUAAACAUAGCAUUUGUAGGUUAAAUAUUGAAAAACAUCUGGAGUUUUGGUGUAUUUGGUUAAGCUAUUUUUUAAAAUUACAAAUGGGAGAUUGCUUCA